GUCCGGUUCCGUAGGCUAACGGUAGCUAGCUAGGCUCCAGCCCGCUGGAGCGUUAUAGGGUUGAAUGCAGCCCUAUAGAGGAGGUCUGAGGGGGUGACACGGUCGUUUGAGGCGUCCAAUAAUCGUGCAACGUCGCGGUCACAUACUGUAAUGACCAUGUAAUAAGUAACGGAACUUCACAUGUGGCGUAGUGUGAAUCUUCGAGCUGCUCAGAAUGACCGUCCUGAAUCUGUCCUUCGCUGCCUGUGGCUUCCUGGGGAUCUACCACCUGGGGGCCGCCGGGGCUUUUCUCCAGCACGGGGCCGAGCUGCUGGCGUCCCUCAGGGCCUGUGCAGGGGCCUCAGCUGGGGCCCUGGUUGCCGCCGUCGUGGUCACGGCUCCUGACAAGUUAGAGCACUGUAAAGACUUCACCUACAGGUUUGCUGAGAGUGUGAGACGUCAGCCGUUGGGAGCCAUGACACCAGGACACGACUUCAUGCUCACGCUGCGGGAGGGGAUGGAGGAGGUUCUGCCUGGCGACGCUCACAACCUGGCCACCGACCGCCUCCACGUCUCAAUAACACACUCCAGAAGUGGCAAGAACCACAUCGUGUCCAGGUUCGCCUCCAGGGAGGAGCUCAUAAAGGCUCUGCUGGCCAGCAGCUUUGUGCCUGUCUAUGCGGGACUCAGACCAGUGGAGUUCAGAGGACAGAAAUGGAUGGACGGAGGCUUCUCCGACAGCCUGCCGGUUCUACCUGUGGGACGAACCAUCGCGGUGUCGCCCUUUGCCGGACUGCAGGACGUGUGUCCCGAACACAAGGGGCCCUUCAACACGCAACUCAGACUGGCCAACAUGAACAUAAUGCUGUCUGUGGAGAACCUCAGACGCCUGAACCAGGCCCUGUUCCCUCCACCCAGCAGCAGCAUGCGGGCCCUGUGUGAAGACGGCUUCGCGGACGCCAUGAGGUUCCUGAGGCGGGAGGGCUGGACGAGGUGACGCCCGGGUCGAGAGCAGGCGCGAGCUGAAGCGCAGCAACGGGAACAAAUGGAUCGAUUUCACUGGAUUCAUUUUAUGUGUGGUUUUAGUAUUUCUAAAGGAAAUAAAAAAUAUAUCAAAACAGU